AAUGAUUUCUGUGUUGGAAAUGCUAGUGGGGAUUUCCCAGCCAUGGGUAUCCUUUCCAGUUUCCUCUUUUGAGGGGUUUGAAUUGCUUAUAAAUACCCUCUUUGAGUCUGAGAGCACACGAGUCGAUCUCCAGCUCCUUUGACUUUGCUGUUCUGCAGUGCUCCCUGUCAGGCUCGGCCAGGAACCAUGAGGCUCUGGGUCUGCAUCGCGUUGCUCUCCGUUGUUCUGUGUGUGAGUGCUGACAGACCAAGGAUAGUCCAAGGAAUGGUCCGGGCUGGACAAUUUGCCCGGGAUGCAGCAGGAGGGACAUGGGAUAUGCUCAGAGCAUACAGGGACAUGCGGGAGGCAAAUUACAAAGGUGCCGACAAGUAUUUCCAUGCCCGUGGGAAUUAUGAUGCUGCACGGAGAGGACCUGGUGGUGCUUGGGCAGCGAGAGUGAUCAGCGACGCCCGGGAGGGCUGGCAGAGCAGCGUGAGCGGCAGAGGCGCCGAGGACACGCGGCUGGACCAGGAGGCGAACGCCUGGGGCCGGAGCGGCGGCGACCCGAACCGCUACCGGCCCAGGGGGCUGCCCAGCAAGUACUAGCGCUGUCCUGCGCUCCUGUCACACCUCCCUUUGCACAGCCAAUAAAGGAAUCCUCCUGAGAACUCUU